AUGAGGACUCUGGUGGUCGCCGUCGUUAUUCUUGGCCUGGUGGCCACCACAUGGGCCGGUAACGUGGCCUUGGGAGGUGGACUUGGUGGCCUAGGCAGCGGUGGUGUGCUCCUCGGUGCAGCCCCGGCAGUCGGACUGGGGGGUGUCGGCAUAGGCAGCUCUGUUGCUCUGCUGCAUGGCGGACCGGCUUUCACUAAGGCUGUGGCCGGACCCUCUUUCUUGGUCAGGACGGUACACCACGUCAGUAAGGUUCACGGCGGAGGCGCCGUUGUAGCUCACAGCGGCCUCGGAGGCGGCUAUGGAGUCGGUCUCGGAGGCCUCGGCUACGGCGGCCUCGGCUACGGCGGCCUCGGCUACGGAGGCCUCGGCUACGGAGGCUACGGAGGCCACGGAGGAUACGUCCUUAAGUUUAAGGGCUGA